CAUCCCCCUCGCAGCGCUCAGCAGACGUACAGCGCGCACCAUGCUGCGCUCUUCUGCCCUCACUGCACUGCGCAGCUGCCGCCAGUCCGUGCCGGCUGCGCAGCGCAGCGCGCCUACCUCUGCCUCCACGUCUGCCGUGGCUGCUGCGCCGUGGUGCCGCGGCUUCCGCACCUCGCCGGCGGCAGCGGCGGCGCCCGUGCCCUCGUCGCCGCGCUCUCGCUCCGACGCCCGCGCCCGCUACGCCAUCGGCCCCUUCACGCCGCUCUCUGCCGGCCUCUUCGUGCUCACCGGCGUCGGACUGCUCCUCUACUUCCGCUCCGAGAAGCAGGCCGUGGAGGAGCGCCGAAAGGCCGAGAAUGCCAGCGCCAAGGUCGGCCGGCCGCGCAUCGGCGGCGAGUUCGAGCUGGUCAUGCCUGUGGCGCCGUCCGGCAGCGCGCCUGGCACCAUCGCUGCGCAGGUGGAGGGCCGUAAGGUGACCCACGAGGACCUGAAGGGCGCGUGGACGCUCGUCUACUUUGGCUUUACCAACUGCCCAGACAUCUGCCCGGAAGAGCUGGACAAGAUGGGCAAGGUCGUCGAUGCGAUUGACGCCUCCUUUGGGCAGAUCGUGAACCCGCUCUUCAUCACAUGUGACCCAGCACGCGACACGCUCGCCGCCACCGCCACAUACGUGUCCGAGUUCCACCCGCGCCUGAUGGGCCUUACGGGCAGCUACGAGGCGGUCAAGCAGGCGUGCAAGGCGUACCGCGUGUACUUCAGCACGCCGCCCGGCGCCGACCCGAGCGGCGACUACCUCGUCGACCACAGCAUCUUCUUCUACCUCAUGGACCCAGAGGGCAAGUUCGUCGAUGCCUUCGGUCGCUCGCAGUCGGCAGACGACGUGACGGGCAAGGUGCACGGCUUCGUCGAGUCUUGGAAGAAGGCCGGGCAUCCCCUGGGCAACGCAGACGCAAAGGCCCGCAUCACCGCCGACAGCAGCCGGCGGGUACCCUGAAAUGCAGCUCUCUCUGCCCAGACCCUUUCGCAGCGCGUGCCUUGCUGCCAAGCGCUUCUCUCGCAUGACCUUGACUCGACAGGCGAGCAUGGUGGCCGCUGAUGAGCGGG